AAACAAACAAAAAAGCGAUAAAAAGGAAUAAAUAGACCCUUUACCCCAUAGAGUGAGUAAGCUGCGAGUGUAAAAGAUAGAACAACAAACAACAAAGAAGAAGAAAAGAUGCCGAGGAGUAGAUUUGCAGGAUCAUUGAUGUCUCCAAAGGUGGAUGUUAUCAUUGAUAUGGGAAACCCUUUUCUAAAUCACACUGUUGAUGCUUUCUUGAAGAUCGGCACUGUUGCUGCCACCAAAACUGUUGCUGAAGAAACUUAUGAAAUGAUCACUAAAGGCAGUGUUUCAAGUCACAAGUUUGAGAAAUCGUUGAAGAAAAUGUGUAAAGAAGGUGCUUAUUGGGGAACUGUUGCUGGGGUAUAUGCUGGAUUGGAGUAUGGAGCUGAGAGAAUUCGUGGAACCAGAGAUUGGAAAAAUGCAAUGAUUGGGGGUGCAUUGACAGGAGGUAUCAUAUCUGCUGCAAGCAACAACAACAGAGACAAGAUUGUAAUGGAUGCCAUUACAGGAGCUGCUGUUGCUACUGCUGCAGAGUUCCUUAACUAUCUCACAUGAGUUGAGCAAAGAGAACUAAGAAUUUACUUACCAAGCUGCUAAAAACAUUGCUGUUAGUAUUUGCUAUAUUUCUCUCUAAUUGACUACUUUUUAAGUCAAUCUACAAUAUAGCUAAUCUUUUCAAAUAAUUGUCAUGCCUUGUUUAGUAUUUUGGUUGGUUAUUCCUGUUAUUUUCUUGAUCUAAGGGUCUAUCAAAAACCACCUCUCUACCUCCCAAGGUAAGGAUAAGGUUUGCAUACACACUAUCCUCCUCAGACUUCACUUGUGAGAUUACAUUGGAUAUGUUAUUGUUAUAUUGGAUUUUGAGACGUGUCUAAA